AUGCCCUCGUCGAUACGAACCACGCUUAUCAGGGCCCUGUGCCUCACCCUGUACAUGGAUGUCGUCAUUGGCCAAAAUCUUGCGGAUGACCGAUUAUCUUUGGUGAGGACAAGGCUCCAGGAGUCGGCGAACAGAAGUUGGGAGCUCGGAACAGCUGCGCAGGCACUACUAGAAAUUGAUGCGCCUAGCUGGUCAGUCUUCUCUCGCAAUUCACUGCCGCCACCCCAGCAAGUCCCCUCCGAAGCGCAAUCAAGUGUUGCCCCUGUGCUCACAUUGGCCCAAGAAAUUGUCGGGAAUCGCUCUCGACUGAAUAGCAAUGCUGAGGGGCCUCAGCCGCUGAUGCCCGAUGGAAGCGCCGCGGAUCCUGCGGCCAACGGCGUUAGCGUCCUCCUCGCCAACUGGACCGGUCAGGGCGGACAGGAUUACGCUGGGGCGGCAAGAGAUCAGCUUGACUUUCUCUUGGAACGGGUGCCGAGGACGGACGACGGCGCGAUAUCGCAUCGUGAGGCAGAGGUUCAACUCUGGAGCGAUUAUGUCUACAUGGUCCCGCCCUUCCUCGCGUAUUACGGCGUCCUCACAAGAAACCAGUCCCUCGUCACUGAGGCGUACAAUCAAAUACGACUAUAUCGGCAAUACCUCCGGGAUGAUGAUAACUUAUGGAAGCAUAUUGCUAUGGGAGGCGAAGUAGCGGAAGAUAAUGGUCACUGGACGACAGGCAACGGCUGGGCGGCCGCCGGGAUGCUGCGUGUACUUGCCACCAUCCAGAACUCUGAGUACGAUAAAAAUAUGGCACAUCAACAGGCCGAUCUCGCACACUGGGUCGGCGAAAUCCACGGAGCCAUAUACCCACUCCUUGACGACACGAAUAUCUUCCCAAACUACGCCUCACGGGCGGUGAACGACAGCGGGAACUUCUAUGAUGCCGCCGGAACUGCCUUGCUUGCGGCAACGGUAUACCGGGUGUCGCUCUACUGGGGCGAUCAUUCGCAUAUCUCGUUUGCGCAGCGGUGUCGGGAGACGCUGUACGCGGACAACGGGAAUCAGAGCCAUAUCAAUGCACAGGGGUGGCUGCAGCCUGUGGUGAAUCCGCACUCUUUCGGAGUGGAGGGAUCAAGGAGCCCGGAGGCCCAGGCUUUCGUUCUUGAAUUAGAGGCGGCGUAUAGAGAUUGGGUGAAUGAGGGGUCUAAUGGCGCGAUUUUGAGCUUGCUUCUGUGGAUCUAG